UGCUGGAGGAACCACUGCACAGAGACGGACACAAGAUGGGCUCUAAGUACCCACCUUCUGUGCGGGGCUGCCUGUCCCUGUGGAUCUUAACACUGGAAGUGCCUCUCAUUCUUCUCUUCUUCUUUUUCACCAAAUAUGAGAGUUCCUCAAAGACUCAGAGGGAGCUCAUGGGGACCUAUGGAGCCAUCUUCCAAGAUGUUACCGUCAUGGCGGCCCUCGGCUUGGGCUUCCUCAACUCGUCUUUGUGGAAACAUGGCUGGAGCAGCGUGGCCUUCAACCUCUUCAUGCUGGCCCUCGGGGUGCAGUGGGCAGUACUGCUGGAUGGCUUCCUGAACGAGUCCUUCUCAGGGACUGUGGUCAUCAAUCUGCCCAGUAUUCAACAGGCCACCAUGAGUGCUAUGUCUGUGCUGAUCUCAGUGGGUGCCAUCCUGGGGAAGACCAACCUGGGGCAGCUGGUGUUGAUGACGCUGAUGGAGGUGACAGCCUUUGUCGUCAUGAGGAUGGUCAGCAAACAAAUGCUCAGCACUGAAGACCACACAAGUAUGAUGCACAUCCACGUGUUUGCGGCCUAUUUUGGGCUGACUGUGGCCUGGUGCUUGUCAAGGCCUCUGCACAAGGGAGCGAAGACGAAAGAUCAGAUGGCCACAAGCCCCAGUUUGUUUGCCAUGCUGGGCACCCUCUUCCUGUGGAUGUUCUGGCCAAGUUUCAACUCUGCUCUGCUGUCCUCCCUAAAGAAAAAGAAGCUUGCCGUGUUCAACACCUACUAUGCUCUUGCAGUCAGCGCAGUGACAGCCAUCUCCGUAUCAGCCUUGGCUCAUCCCCAAGGGAAGAUCAACAUGGCUCAUAUCCACAAUGCAGUACUGGCAGGAGGUGUGGCUGUGAGCGCCCCGUGCUACCAGAUCCAUACUCCUUUUGUUGCCAUGGUGCUGGGCCUUAUAGCUGGGCUAAUCUCCAUCGGGGGAGCCAAAUGCCUGCCGGUGUGUCUUAACCGUGUGCUGGAGAUCCAUGACUCCUGCGGCGUGCACUACACCUUUGGCUUGCCGGGUCUGCUCGGAGGGAUCACCAAUAUUGUGCUGAUGACGCAUCACACGAACUGGACCAAGCAUCCCAUAAACGGCUACCAGCUGCUCCUUAACUCUGGUGCACUCAGCUUUUCCAUCGCUAUGGGUCUGGCAUCUGGUCUUCUGACAGGUUUACUCUUAAAACUCAAAAUAUGGAAAGCGGUAACUCCUACAACAAAAUAUCUCCAUGACCAAGCUUUCUGGGAGGUUCCUCAUUUGGCUGUUGGAUUCUAAGCAAAAGCAUCCAAGGAAAACAAGGACUAUUCCAAAACAAGAGCACUUCCUUUCACUGUUGCCCAUCUAGUUUUUGGGGGUGACAAAUACUCAUUACUGCAAAGUCUCUUUACAAUGAAACAAGGUCAGAAAUAAGAUUUGAUUUUAAAAAUAAAAGACUUGUUCUUGUUUAAGUGGUAAUUUCAUAACAAUUUAAAAUAAAUGUUUAGUGUCCUUAAAAAUGAUGCUAUCAAUAUUUUCUUGGGUGCAGAGACAUAAUCAAGGUUUUGGUUAAACUUUACUGAAAAUUCUUAUGAUUCUUUUUCAUGUUUACCAAAAUAUGCUACCCAAUUAAUUCUUUCUUAUUUAUACCAGCAGUGCAGAUGAUAAAAAAUAGGGAAAAAUUAAGAACUCACUUAUAUUAGUCCUUGCAGACAUUAUGUUUUUAUUAUAGCAGUUUUCAAGGUAGUUCUUAUUCCCUGAGCACAUGCUGAAUUUAACUGCAGAGAUGCACUGCCUCAACGUCAAAAAACUAGUUCUAUGAUCUGGAGAAAAUCAUUUAAAUUUCCAUACUCUGGGUUCUCUCAUCUGUAAAAAGAGGUGAACUUCAACUUCUAAAAUCCCUCCCAUACUCGCAUUCUAUGGAUCUAAAAACUCACCAUGACUGACCUGCUGUGGGAUGACAGUUAUUUAUUUGAAUAGAGUCUUGACAUCAAGGCCAUAUUCAAAACAUACAUACUGGGAGAUAACUACGGCUGACAUGGAAAAGAGUACCACAGGUUUAAAUCACCUGAGAUAUUUUGUGUUUAAUGAAGGGAUAAUUGUAGCAAUUUUUUAUUGAAAGAAAACAUUUCAAGCUGUAGUUCUAAAGAACAUGUAUCCCAUAGUUAGCUAGUCCAUUAAAAAAAAAAAAAAUUCCAAUUUUGCCAAGGUAGGAAGCCUGGGGAGGAACAGACUAUGAGAAUUCCCAGGAGUAAAUGUUUAUAAUUAUAAUUGACCUUGCUGGUUUAUUUUGAGCUUAGUGGUUUAGUACAGAGACACAAUGAAACAUGGAAUCCAAUUUAUUACCAAACCAGCAACAACAAAAUUUGUCACCUGAGUAGAAACUAGUGUCAAGUCCCUAUCCUUUUCGUCUUUAAUGGUAGAUGUGGAGUGACUGUGGUCCCACCAGGACCAUGUGUCACAGCAGAGUUAUUACCCCCCCCACUCUGUGCCCCACUGAGUCGGUGGCACAGAAGGGACAUUUUUGAGGAGCCCGGUGGCUGGAUCAGGAGCUGCUCUCUUCUGACAUGUUCACUCACCUCUUGGGAGGCCCUUAAAAGCUACUUACACUGAAAUGUUCACAGAAUUUUUGGCAAAACUGUACAAACCAAACACAAAAUAUAGUGAGAAAGAAUUCUGACCACCGAAUAGUUUUUAAAACCACGAAAAUGUUUAUAUUUCACUUAACAUUUGACACAGAAGAGGCCACAUUUACAUAAACACAUUAUAUUUGCAGAGCACUUUAAUUGCAGUUUUGGACCUUGGAUAUGACAAAUAUAAGAUGUAUUCAUAAUUUCUUUUGUGAUUUAUUUUUACAAAUUACAUCAUGAUAAAACUAAUAAAAAUUACUCAUGUGAAAUAUUUCUCUUUAACAUUUUAUAAGUUAAUCAAAUGUAUACCACAAUAGAUCUUGUUGUUGUUUACAUAGGGAGUUCACAUGAUUUCAGUUUUACAUAAAUUUAAGCUGAGACUACACUCAGAAAUAAGUUUAGAAAUGGCAUUACAAAAGAUUGGAGUGAGUAGCAAAAAUGAAAACAAACCCAUGCGGGGCUGCUGUACAGUAGUAGUAAAUCAGAUGCUUUCACUGCCAUAGGUCUUCAGUGCGGCCAAAUUUAAAAACCAGUCCUC